AUGAGUGGUAGAGGUAAGACUGGUGGAAAAGCGAGGGCAAAGGCUAAAACUCGCUCAUCGAGGGCUGGACUGCAGUUCCCGGUUGGUCGCGUUCACCGGCUGCUGCGUAAAGGCAACUAUGCCCAGCGUGUUGGUGCCGGUGCGCCAGUUUAUCUGGCUGCUGUACUCGAAUAUCUGACCGCUGAGAUCCUGGAGUUGGCUGGUAACGCUGCCCGAGAUAACAAGAAAACCCGCAUCAUUCCCAGACAUCUGCAGCUGGCCGUACGGAACGACGAAGAGUUGAAUAAGCUCCUUGGAGGCGUCACCAUCGCUCAAGGCGGAGUUUUGCCGAACAUCCAAGCUGUGCUGCUCCCCAAGAAGACCGAAAAGGCAGUGAAGUCGAAGUAAUUCAUACAUCGCUCUCACGACAACC